UUAGCAUAUGUUUGUACUUGUGGUUGUGGUAUAAAUGGAAAUGCAAAAUUGCUACCCAAAUAUUUACUCUUCUUGCUGGUGUCAGUUGUCCUGGCCUUUGCCUUUUCAUAGGUUUGUUUCUUGGAGCGGCUUGCAGUCUAUCUAAUUACUCUACUUCCCACCUAGGUGAAUUACUUGUAUUUUACUAUUAACAGGGAAAAAAUUGAUGGAAGACCAAUGUGGAUCACAUACUGUAAGGUCCCAUGGAAUCACAGUGGCUAGGACGCACAUGCAUGACUGGGUUAUACUGAUGCUUCUUGUUGCAAUAGAUGCCAUUCUAAAUCUUAUCCAUCCAUUUUAUCGCUUUGUUGGGAAAGACAUGAUGGUUGAUCUGAAGUAUCCCUUAAAAGAUAGUACUGUCCCGCUAUGGGCUGUUCCUAUAUAUGCGGUUCUAUUGCCCAUAGCCAUAUUUCUCUUUGUUUAUUUUCGUAGGAGAGAUGUCUAUGAUCUUCAUCAUGCAGUACUAGGCAUUCUAUUCUCUGCUAUGGUAACAGCAGUUAUUACUGAUGCUAUAAAGGAUGCAGUUGGACGGCCUAGGCCAGACUUUUUUUGGCGCUGUUUUCCUGAUGGAAAGGAUGUUUAUAAUCAAUUGGGAGGAGUUAUAUGUCAUGGCAAGAGGGAUAUUGUGAAGGAAGGACAUAAAAGUUUCCCAAGUGGGCAUACAUCAUGGUCUUUUGCUGGUCUGGGAUUUCUGUCACUGUAUUUAUCUGGAAAGAUAAGAGCAUUUGAUCAGGGAGGCCAUGUUGCAAAGUUAUGCAUUGUUCUACUUCCUUUAUUUGUUGCAUUUUUGGUUGGCAUUUCUCGAGUUGAUGACUACUGGCACCACUGGCAGGAUGUGUUUGCUGGAGGACUCUUAGGACUUAUAGUGGCCACAUUUUGCUAUUUGCAAUUUUUCCCACCCCCAUAUCAUGUUGAAGGUUGGGGGCCUUAUGCUUAUUUUCGUGUAUUGGAGGAAUCACGGGCAGCUAUGCAGUCAGCCACUCCACAGAAUGAUCGAUCCACAGAGGAGGCUCAUAGGGAAAGUCAACAAAGUGGAAGAAACAGAAGUGCGUUCACGGGAAUAUGUUUAGCUGAUGAUUUGGAAUCAGGCAGAAGAUGAUUUUGAAAAUUUCUGGUUCAUGCUUCCUUCGUAGUUGUGUAGUUUAAAGGGCUGAGCCUCGUUAUUUCUUCCAUUACCAAAACCACACUUUGCAGAUUUGUCUUACCUGAUGCUCAUGGUUUAUGAAUUACAGACCGUGUCGGUUUAUAAAUUACAGACCGCGUCGGGCA